AUGUUGUUCCGUAACGCGCUCGUCCCCUUCGUCAUCGCCCUCGCCGGCAGCGCCCUCGCCGCGCCCAUGCCCAAGAACGCCGAGGCAACCGCGAGCGAGUCCGCCGUGGCAGCCACCGCCACCGCCGCUGCAGGAGGCUCCAACUCCACCGACACCUCCGGCGCGGCUGCCACCCUCUCCAGCUCUGCGCUCGGCUCGUCCGAGACAGGCUUGAGCGGCGACGGCGCGACUGCCACCGAGUCCGCCGCGGGCGCGUCCAUCACCAGCGCCUCGGGCUCGGGCUCGAACUCGACGGACACGUCCGCGAGCUGCGUCGCGCAGACCGUCACGGUCACCCAGAUGGCGGACGGGUCGAUCCAGACCGGUAGCGCUAAUAGCGGAAAGAAGGGCAAGGCGAACCAUAAGGGCGGCAAGAAGAACCAGAAUGGUAACGCCCAAAACACCGGCAUGAGCGCGAACUCGACCGAGACUGGCACCGGCGCUCAGUCGAGCAGCAAGAGCGGCAAGGGCAGCGACAAGAACAAGAACGGCAGCGGCAACGCUAGCAACAACUCGACUGCCACCGCAACCGAGAGCGCCGCCGCCGGGUCCGCCACCGAGUCCUCCGCCGCCGCCGCCGAGUCGUCCGCUGCUGAGGGCGCCGCCGCGACCGAGUCCGCUGCUGAAGGAGCCGCUGCCUCCGCCAGCGCCUCCGCGGAGUCAGCAGCCGCCACCGAGUCGUCGUCCUCGCAGCAAGCCGCGUCGUCCGAGCAGAAGGGCGCGAACGGCGCGGCCGCCGCCCAGGGCCUCCAGAGCGAGGCCGCGAAGCUGAAGAAGCUCCUCGGUCUGCAGAGGCGCACGAGCCGCGUCAGCCGGCUCAACCUCGACCUCGACUGA